AUGACCAUUGGACUGGGCCAAACCUCGGCCCUCUCCAAACCUAGCAAGCUAUUGUACACAGACCAAAUCUAUAUUUUAUUAUUUCAUCUAAUUCCCACACUUGCGUUUCCUUCGUUUUUUUUUCUUCAUUCGUCUCGAAAUCACCCUAUUUCCUUUUUGUUUUCUUUCUUCUCACGAAAGCAUUUUUUCUCUUCUUUGACCCAGGCAAUCCCCAUUCUCUCCAUCGUUCGUUUCUCUUCUUCAACCUGCAAGCCUCCUUCUCUCCAUCAUCCAUACUCUUGUCAUCUUCUAGCAGGUGAAUCAUCAUCCAGAAGGUUGUACAAUUUCCUCCACAAAUCUAUCACAAGAAAUCAUGAUUUGGAGCGAAAAAAUGCUGCGUUGAAGGCAAAACGCGAAAGAUCAGCAGCAUUAGAACUAAAAAAAAAGAAGUUCGAGGUGAAGAUGAUGAAGCUAGAUCUAAGUGACAUGAAUGCUUCUAUAAUAUUCAGCUCAAAAUUUUUGAAGAAUCGAGAUCCCAUUUCGGAGGUACAUCUACAUCUCUAUCGACACCUUAUAAAGGUAUAUAAUUGGUUGUAGAUGUUACUUUUAUUUUGAUUUUAGUAGCUGCCCAGCCACAUGUGUUUCGGAGAAACAUGUGGCUAGGUAGCAACUAGGUGUCAUGGCUGUAGUAGUAGCUUUUUUGGGUUUACUGAAAUUACUUAGUUUUGUUUGAAAUAGCCUUUUUUGGGACUGCUAGUGCAGUUCAUGCUGGUUUAUUUAUAUGUUUUGUAUUGCUACUUCUGAAAUGUUAAUACUCAACUAUGUGGUUUGUGGUUUA